AAGAGAAAAAAAAAAAAAAAAACUUUGAUAAGGAUAUUGACUUCCACACUCACAAUUUCUAUUAUCUUUGUCAGAUGCCAACUGCAAACGUGGCAGCCUAUCUGCCAUUGCUUUGCUUCCCUUUGGUUUUUCUUUGUUUCCCCAUUGAAGAAAGAAGGCCCGAUGCAUGGUCGGUUCAACUCCGGCAUCUUCUCUCCACAAUCACACAAAUAAACUCAAUAACUUCACACACACACACACACACACACACACACAUUUCAUUUAAGUAUAUUCUCUUCCUCUCCUGCAAACAAUGAAACUCAUCAUCAUCAGUUUCCUCUCUGCUGUUAACUAAAGUACUUCAAACUUUGUUAGUUAUAAACCCACUGAAAUAUUCCGACGACAAACACCACUUUGUUCUCAUCUUCCUGCUCAUCUAUUAACCAAACCAAAAACUCCAUUCUCUAUCAUCCAGGGAAGUUUAAAGAGAAGAUUAUAUAAUACACAAGAGUGGUGGGUUCAUGAGGUUUUAAGAAGCCCCCAUCAACUAUGAGAAACAACAGAAGAUGACAACAAGAGAAACAACAGAUGAAGAAUUUGAGGCAAAACAGGAAGAAAACAACAACAACAACAACAACAACAGCAACAAGUUAAGUGAUGAGAUUAUUAUCAAGGCUUCAAAUAAGUCUAGGGCUUCAUCAAGUACUGCAACUACUACUUCAGCUGCUGCAGCUGCUUCAGCAUCGUCAUGGUCAAGGUUGAAAGAUCCAAGAAUUGUAAGGGUUUCAAGGGCAUUUGGAGGCAAAGAUAGGCACAGCAAAGUUUGCACGGUAAGAGGGCUAAGAGACAGGAGAGUUAGGCUUUCUGUUCCAACUGCAAUACAGCUUUAUGAUCUUCAAGACAGGUUGAAUCUUAAUCAGCCCAGUAAAGUUGUUGAUUGGUUGCUUAAUGCUGCUAAGGAUGAAAUAGAUGAGCUUCCUCCUCUCCCAAAUAUUCCUGCUCCAGCCAGCUGUUUUGACCAUAAUCUCCAUCCAAUUUUGACUUCCUCAAACAAAGAAGGAUCACUCAGAAUUGGUUCUAGUCUCAAUUGGGAUGAUAGUACUAAUAACACUCUUCCUACUGAUCAUCAGCAUACCCUUUUCAGGCCUAAAUCAUCCAAGGAAAUUGCAAGAGAUGAUGAUGAUGAUGAAGAAGAAGAAAGGAAACAAGCCCAACAACAACAUCAACAACAAAGCCAAAGUCAUGAGUUUGAAAGUCAAAGUAGUGCUAGUGCAUAUUUUUCAUCCAACAAUUUUUUCUCUAGACUUGACCAGUCUUCAGCUUCACCAGGCUUAGGAUUUCUGAAUGGCACAACUGCAUUGCCAUCAUACAGCUCUUUGGUCAGAUGGGAUCCUUCCAAUUUAUCUCUAUCUCAAUCAGGAGGAUCAUCAAGCUCAGGAUUGAAUACAGUACCCCAACAACAUCAAGAAGAUUUCCAUAAUUUCGGCGUCUUGCCAUUACAAUCAUCCACAUUGAUGACACCAUCUGGACCUCAUCCUCAGCAGGUUCUUGUGUAUCAUCAUCAUCAACCUGGUUCAGCAACAGCAACACAGCCUUACUUCCCUUCCGGCCAUGUCGCGGAGUAUGUCGGCGGAAUUAGACCAUUUCACUUACUAGGCACAACUGCAAAGCUCCUACCUUCACAGAGUGAUCAUCAUCAUCAUCAAGAGAAACAAAAUGAAGAUGACAAUUUCCAUUCAAGGUAAUUAAUGUUGUUGACAGAAAAUAGUAUAAUAUUACCAAGUGUACGUGAUCAUGAAUGUGGAAUGGUGAUUAUGAUUUUGAAAUGGCAGUUGUAACAGCUAUAGUAGCUAGGUAGCUGGUACAAUUCAAAGACAGAUCAAUGUCAGCUCUUAAGAUAUAGUAGUAUAAAAGUUUUUGUCAUCAAUUAAUGCUGAGACUUCACAGUCAAUAGAGUGUGUUAGGCAAAUUUUUCUCAUUGAAGAUUGAGCUAGCUGAUUUAGCUGUGCAAUGAAGGACUCUUCAAAGAGUCUGAUUAAAUAUUACAUAUUUUGAUUAAUUUACUUAAAACUAGUGUGACAACAUGUUUAAUGUAUACUAUAUAUGUUGCUUUGAUACUUUUUUUGAUAAUUAGUUGCCAAGGAAGGAUCUCUUGAUCUCCUGUAUAUAGUUUUGAAGAAUGAUUGUAAGGAUGCAUGUUAGACUUUUACAUUCUAAUCUCCAUUCGGGUCGGAUGACUAUGACUAUGUGUUGUUUCCAACAUUUUCGCCAUUAGGACGCUUGCGAAUUCCAUUCAUAAACACCACUUCAAAAAAAUAGUACAAAUUGAGUUUUGAGAUUUGUAGGACUAUUUUUUUUGGGACGAUGGG